AUGGUAGGACUUGGAUAUCACGCUGGCAAGGACAGAGAUGAGGGCAGCUGCUCUCGCGUGACAUGCAAGAACAGGCCACGAUUCAUCAAGGUGCUCCAACCGGAUGACCUCGAGAAGAUGAGGAUACCUGAUAAGUUUGUGCAGCAGCACUUGACCGAGGCUGGAGCUUGCCUGAGCAGCCAGAACGCCAUGAUCGUCUGCCCUCUCGGCAAGUUCUGGCGAGUCAAGCUAGACCAUGGUCAGUCAGAUGUACUGUGCGGAGAUGAAUGGCCCCAGUUCGUGAUGGCGCAUGAUCUGUCCGAAGGGAACAUCCUGCUGUUCAGGUAUGAAGGCACCAACAUGGUGCUUUCAGUCCAGGUGUUCCUACCGAAUGGGUGUCUGAAGGAGUACCAUACAACACUUGCUCUGUGUACAACUGAUGGUGCAAGGGGGCCAAGCUCUCCACUCCCACAAAGGCCAACAGCUCCAGCUGUCAGCAAGAAAAGGAAGAACGACAGACACGUGGUUUAUGCAAUUUCUGCACCGGUCCAGCCACAGAGCAAACCUGCCGCCAUCUCACCAAGGCACUCGUUCACCAAGAAGAUCACCAGCUUUGCUCUUCGUAAACACUUUCCGUAUCUCUGUACCAGAUAUGUCACCACUUUAAACUGCUACAACUAUAAUUGUGACCUUUUUCUAUUACAAACAACAAACUGUGAUAUCUGCUUCGGAGCAUGCACAGUCGAGCUUAAAACAUCCAUGAGAUCUUGGCCAGUAGCUUUUAACGUCACCAAGACCUACGGCUACAUUAAGGGAAAAGGUUGGCGAAGGUUUUGCCAAGACAACGAGGUAGAAGAAGGUGACACCUGCACCUUCAAGGUCGUUGAGAAAACGGUCUGGCUUGUUGUGAUCAAGUGA